AUGCGGGAGCGAGAGCUCGGGGAGGUGCUUUUGCGACCCUCUGCCGCCCACCGCGGGCGAGCCGUUUGUGUGGUGAAAAUGGGAGCCGGAUGUGUGGGGAAUUGGGUCCUCCGCGAGGACCGCCGGCCGGACGGGGCGUUUUAUUUCCUCCUCCGCGAUAACGUCGUCGACCAGCGCCUUGAAUUCGCCGAGAUCGACGAGUUUAUUAAUAAUUAUGUGGGCCCGAUGGUUGGGAUCGUGCAGGGCAUUCGAACGCACCGCCGCUUCGUCGAGAACGUCCGGGAGGUCCCUGGGGCGUUGGAGGAUCAGCACCGUAUGGGCCGGGGCUUCGCCUACGCCUUUGCUGAGAUGGGAACGGUUUCGAAGCCGCCGCUCUAUUGCAUUUUUACCAGCGGGGCCGGCAAGCGCUACCGCUUUAAUUUGCAUUUCACAAAUUCCGCUGUUUAUAUGCGUUUACCGGUUUACCGACCCUCCUCACCGACGCGAACGCAGUACGUGUGGGUGGAAUGCCGCAAUGCGGAGCAGUUAAGCCAGGCCGUGAAAAAGCACGCUUCACAAAAUUAA